AUUUUUUUGUUUACCUGAAUUGAUUCUUUGAUUAUUUUAAGAAUUCUUUUUAAGGAAUUUUGGUCCUGAUGUGUUGCUUUUUUUCAGUAGUGCGAUCUGACGACUGUCACAAAGGCAUAAACCCUUUAUGCAUGGACUAAUCAAUUAAAUUAAUUAAAUAGCUUCUCUUAUUUUUCUUAUAAUCUCGAAGUUGGUCGAAGCAAAGCAAAAGCAAAAUUCUCUUGGCCGAGAGAAGAAACAUUGAUCGUCGAUCAUGGUUGGACCAGUAAGACCUCAAAUCGUACUUUUCGGUUCUUCAAUUGUUCAAUAUAGCUUCACUGAUCGUGGUUGGGGUGCCACUCUCGCUGACCUCUACUCUCGCACGGCUGAUAUCAUUCUUCGUGGAUAUGCUGGUUGGAAUUCUAGGUUUGCCUUGAAGGUUCUUCACCAAGUAUUCCCAAAGGAUGCUGUGAUACAACCUUCUUUGGUGAUAGUCUAUUUCGGUGGGAAUGAUUCAACUCAUCCUCAUCCUUCAGGUCAUGGCCCUCAUGUUCCUUUAUCUGAAUUCAUCGAAAACAUGAGGAAGAUUGGUGAACAUCUUUUGAGCCUUUCUGAUAAAACUCGUGUCAUUUUCCUCACUCCGCCACCAAUGAAUGAGAAACAGAUCGAGAUAGUUUUUGGAGAUGCAAUAAAAGGCCGGAGUAACGAGUUGUGCCGUCCAUAUGCAGAAGAGUUGUUAAAUCUAUGCAGAGAGAUCAAUGUGAAAGGUAUCGAUAUUUGGACCGCGAUACAGCAGCAAGAUGAUUGGUUGAACAGCUGCUUCACAGAUGGGAUCCAUUUCACUGCGAAGGCAAGUGAGAUUGUUGUUAAGGAGAUAUUGAAGGUACUGAGAGGAGCGGAUUGGAAACCAAGUCUUUACUGGAAAUCAUUACCGGUUGAAUUUCCAUUUGAUUUUGAUGCUCCAAACUCUAUAAGCCUUCAUGACCUAGAGUUAACCAGAAACAACCAUUUUGAGUCACCGCACCUUGUAAGCCUUUGUGAACAAGAGUUAACCAGAAACGAGCAGCUGGAGCCGCCACACCCUGUAAGCCUUUGUGACCAUGAGUUAACCCGAAACGAGCAGCUGGAGCCGCCACACCCUGUAAGCCUUUGUGACCAUGAGUUAACCCAAAACGAGCAGCUGGAGCCACCACAGCCUACGGCGCGCUUGUAAAACAAGUCGUAGUUAGAGAUUAUGCUUCUACAUUGACAUCUUGAUGGUGUGUAACCAGUUUCACCUUUCAUUUGCAUCUGGAUAUUUGUAUUGCUAAUUUAACAUUUUGUUAGACGUUUUGUUUUGUAUCAUUAGUUUCGCUGGGUCUUUGGAUUAGAAUAUUUUGUUCUCACUUGUGUGCUUCAGAUAUACAAAACAAAAUGCUAGCUCGAAACUCUGUUUUCCUUCUGUCAACAAUGGUUGUGGUUACUCGGCCAUGCCCCAUGUUUUAAAACCUUAAGACUAUCA